UUUUCUUUUGUCCAUGUCUGAAAAACGUAUUCUAGAAGGUAGCCAUGAAAGUGGCGCUGUACCGCCCCUUCCUCCUUUUAAAAAGCGGCUCACCCCAGGAACCAUUCAACCCUUUCAUUCCUCAAUAGCAGAAGUAAAUGUACAGGACAUGCCUGAACUCGUGGAAGAAAGUCUGUCCAAGCAAGACUUGUUAAAAGGAAUGCGGUUUGCCAAGAUGGAAUACCUGGCAACAAAAGAGCGAUGGAUAAAUACGAUACAAGCGGAUGCUAUGACUGGUCUUGUUCGAUUACAGUUGGAUUUGCUCCGGAAUGAAUUUGUAUCUGCAGCAGCGGUUACAGCAGCAACAUCUUGUCUCAAAAUUACAAUGACAGGUAAUGAAGAUGCAACACUUGUUACACAGGAAAUUCGAGCGAUAGGUAUUAUGGUUACGAAUGAAGUGAAGGCAUGGUUCAAACAAGCGGACGAAAUCAAAAAAGCGAACAACCCUGAGUUAUUUGUCCAAUUUUUAAAGACAGAGUCACGGCAUGUCUCGGAAGCCAACAAGAUGCUUGAGAGAUACAUGUACCAGUUGGAACACGAGGAACAGAUCAAACGAGGAGAUACGGACGUCAUAGCAAAGCAAGUGUUGAUUCUAACCCAUCAAUUGGAGGAAAGACUGGAGCAGUUUGAAGUUUGUUUGGAAAGACUGAGGACACUGGAAAAGAAGGAAGACAGGGCGCAGAGUCAAAUGGUGUCAGUGAUUAUGAAGGAUAAAAGGGAGGAUAGAGUGACACCGUUUACACCCGAAAGGCCUGAUGUGGGUGGUAUAAUGAAAGAAGAAUAUGAGUUUCUGACACAUAUUCGCAGUAAAGAAAUACUCUAUGUGUCCCAAGAAAGGGUUCAGCUAGCGGAUAUAGCAGACGGAUAUAUGAUGCAAAUGAGGAUGAUGCGGGAUGAACAGAUCAUGAAAUCGAGUUAUGUGCAUCAUUUGAUGUCUUCGAUCGACUUUCAUCGUGGUCGCAGUUACUAUUAUGAGCAUCGGCGGUUGCAUCUCGAAAAGGAAUAUGAUAAAAUUAAAAAAGAAAGGAGAUUUCUAAAAACUCAAAUUCAAUCCGAAAGAGACUAUCAGGAGAAUAUCUUGGCAACAGAAGAAAAAAACUUGAAGAGCAAUCUAGCAAGAAUUACCGCCCAACGAGAUCAUUUGUUGCAAUUAUGUCAAUCGCAAUCCGAAAAAGAAACUCAGUCUAAGGAGAAAGAAGCGCUUAUCACUAACGAAGGAGAAAAACAAAAGCAAAGGAUGUUGGAACUGCAACAAAUAAUACUAUCCAAGAGAAAUGAUGAUGGAUCGCUGGCCAUAAAAGAAAGUCAGCGGGUAAAAGAGCUUCUGUGCCAAAUUGAUUUAACACAUGGCAUCAUGCACGUUCUCGGUCAAAAUGGAAAUGAACCGUCAAAUCAUUCAAAAGAGACUAUCCAUCAUUUAAAAUCAAACUUGACUCGACUGUCAGGCACCAGAGGGGAUGCAUUGGAAUUAUUAGACAAGCUUGUCAAACAAAGGAUGGAACUGACCCUAAUCGUUGAUUUCUAUGAAAAUACCGACCGCCUCUUGUUUGCCCAAAUGGAUUGCGAUGGAAGUGUAUUUGAAAGACGUAUCAAGCAUAUGGAAUUCACCAUGAGCAAAAAAAGGGAACACAUAUAUAAAAUCGAAGCAGAAAAACAAAAGUUUUCUCAAACUUUUCCGGGUUUAGAAAACGAGAAAGCCAAGAUUUUAAAUAAAAUCAACGCCUCCAAACGCAUUGUCCAUCAACAAGCCGAUCGUAUUAAAGUAAAAGAACAAAGAGAAAAAGAGCUUGUGGCACACGUUUCUGAACAGGAGGCCGUCCUAAUGAAGUUAAUUGAUGACUUGGAAAACUAUCAUUUACAAAUCGAUGAUUAUUCCCAGGAGUGUGUAGAGCUGGGAAGAAGGUUAGAAAUAUAUGAGACACAAUUACUUGAAAUGAAAAGAAUAUCAUUUGAAAAGACAAGAGCGUUGGAUGAAGAAGUAUCUCUGCAAAAACAGGUAGAAGAGGAAUAUAAACAAGUUCAAAGAAAGUGGGCCAUGAUCACGCUUGGAGAGAAUCCCGCAUCACAGCAGCUGAUAGAUGAGGUUGAAGACCUUCGGGCGCAAUUCAAAUGUAGUACCUGCAAAACACGUACAAGAAAGUGCAUAUUGCUUAGUUGUUAUCAUACAUUUUGCAACGAAUGUAUCAAGACUCGCUUAGAGACCAGACAGAGAAGAUGCCCAUCAUGUGCACUUAACUUUGGUGCUUCUGACGUGAAAGAGUUCUAUUUAUACAACACAAUAAAUUAAUAAUAGUUUCUAUUAUGCAUUUUAUAAAACACCUAUUGGUGCACAUACUUUUCGGCUCAUGUGUAACCGUGAAAAGAUAAACCAACC